CUUACUUUGGUUGAAAGUGAAGAACUCGGCCAGCCAGCUAGCCGGGCAAACAAAACAGCGUGGGCUGGCCGGGCAAAAAAUUUACAUUGCUUUGUUUUUGCAUGGCCACCUUUCAUGCCACGGACAAUGGCUGCGGCGGUCUUUGGGUUGACCAGAGCGUACGCAGCGCCGGUCAAAGGAGCCAACCGGGAUGCAGCUCAAUAGCGACGCAGACAGUGCUGAGUGCGACGGAUGGCGCAGAGCUAUUUCGCCCUAAUGCGUACGUACGCAAUGUACGGUUCCGAAAGGACAGAGGGGAAAAUGCUACAGCUGCCGCGCCGCAUGUUUGAUGUGAGACAUGGGAAAAAGGAAGAACCCGAAAAUCUGAAAUCUGGCACCAAACAGAGAGGGAGAUUAUGCUGGUGGAUAUUCCAUUUCCCCCCUGGAGCUAUAAAUUUUCCCAUUUUUGUUAUCCAAGGAAGCCAUUGGAUUCGAAAGCCAAAAUGCAGCUACAAAUAUACGCCGCUCUUAAUUUAGGGGCCGCGUAUACUUAGGCCCCAGGAUGAUCCAUCCCUUUAGGUUGCUAGCUCUAUCGCCAGGACCAAGGAUUCCAAUCGCAGCUCUCGCAAAGUGGUGGAAGUUAUAAGAUCAGGAAGAUCGAGAGGAGCUCAGCUAUGGUGUGGGCGCUGCUGGUGCUCCUCACCAUCUUGUUGCCGGCGAUGCACUCGUGGGCUCCCGCGGCCGAGGCCAUCCGAUCUUCCCAGUUCGGGCAGCAGCAGCUCUUCCACGAGGCUCCAGCGUUUCGAAACGGCAAGGAGUGCCCGCGGCAGAGGCUAGAUCCAGCGCAGCGGCCCGGGUGGUGCCAUGAUCCGGGCGCGAUUCACGUAGCAAUGACGCUGGAUCGCGCCUAUCUCCGCGGCUCCAUGGCCGCGGUGCUCUCCAUCGUCCAGCACGCGGUCUGCCCCGAGAGCAUCGUCUUCCACUUCCUCAUCGCGUCGCCCGGGCAUGAUCACCAUCCCGAGGAGCUGCCCAUGGACGCGCUCCAAUCCGUGGUGAAGCAGACGUUCCCGUACCUCAGGUUCAAGGCGUACGAGUUCCAGGAGGCGCUGGUCCGCGGCCGGAUCUCCUCCAGCGUGCGCUCCGACCUCGAGCAGCCCCUCAACUACGCGCGGAACUACCUGGCGGCGAUGCUGGACGAGUGCAUCCACCGCGUCAUCUACCUCGACUCCGAUGUGGUGGUGGUGGACGACAUUGCCAAGCUAUGGCGGACGGAGCUCCGGGACGGCCACGUCCUGGGCGCCCCGGAGUACUGCGCUGCCAAUUUCACCAGGUACUUCACGCCCGCCUUCUGGAGCAACGAGACGCUGGCGUCCACCUUCGCGGCCAGGUCCUCCACGCCCUGCUACUUCAACACCGGCGUCAUGGUGAUGGACUUGCGCGCGUGGCGGCGCGGCGGCUAUACCGCCAUGCUCGAGGCCUGGAUGGACGUGCGCAAGGAGAGCAAGAUCUACGAGCUGGGAUCGCUGCCCCCUUUCUUGCUGGUGUUCGCGGGCGAGGUGGAGGCGAUCGAGCACCGGUGGAACCAGCACGGCCUGGGCGGGGACUGCGUGGUGGGCAGCUGCCGGGAUCUCCACCCGGGGCCAGUGAGCUUGCUGCAUUGGAGCGGCAAGGGCAAGCCAUGGGCGCGCCUGGAUUCGGGCACGCCAUGCCCGCUCGACAGCCUCUGGGCUCCCUAUGAUCUCUUCCGCUACCGCCAUCGCCACCCGCAACUGGCGCUCGCGCUCUCCAUGGUGGCCUGAGAGAGAGAGAGAGAGAGAGAGAGAGAGAGGGAGACAGAGAGGGAGAGGGAGAUUCGUGAGCACCGGUGGGCCGGCGCGAUCCGUCGCUGGAUCGCAUCCCACAUUCUUGGAUUUUGGAUUCUUGUUCUUGUUCUCCUUCCUGGGUUGUAGAAGGGAGCAACCAUACAUACAUUAUAGGUAAAAGCAACAGAAGAUUGAGACUUC